UGAAGAGAUCAAGUAUCACAUUCGAAGUUCUGAUGUAGUUUUAGGAGAUCUUUCCCAUGCAGUCUUUGAAUUACGAACCCAAUAUUCCUGCAAAACAGUUCACGUUCUCAUUGCAUCACACAAUGUUACACAACUGACCUUUUCUUAGGAGCGUUCUCAUUUUUAUAAAGAAUGCACGAUAUGGAUUAUCGUAGUUCGUAUUUCGGUAUCCUGUCGUGUGUUGCCCACUGCCGCCUGGUUUACCUGUUCUAGCGCUAGUGCGCUACAGUUUCGUUAUACGCAGUGACCAGCCACAAAUAAGCAUUAGCCGCUUUUGUGACGAAAAUAAAAGUGGGGCCUAAUUACAUCUUACACAGCUGUCUAACAUCCACGCUGUAUUGACUAGAAAUGUGAUAGUUGCCGGAUGUGUGCGCUCGUGUGUGGGAAAGUGAAAGUAACGCAAAGAAAAUGCGACAUGACACGGAAAAGAAAUAUAGUAUUGUGCUUGGGUGGUGCUCUAUCGUUUUCAGCAGAGCUACAUACAUUCGAGUGAUUUGUUUCAAAUGAGUGAAACAUCUGAAAAAAUGACAGUUGCAUGUGCUAAAGCUACGAAGCGGGUUAUGCAGUACAGUGAAAUAACUUAAUAUAUAGUGUACGCGUUGCUCCAAGCAUGGCUAUUUACGAUAAUAAACACUGGCUACUGUCUCAUAUACGAAACUCCUUCAUAAUAUCCGAUGAUACAGGGAUAAGUGAAAUGGCAAUGCUUGGUGAAGAUAUUCCAAAAACCAUGGCUGAACUGUCAAGGCUUGAGUGUUACCCAGGACUGGACAUGAGUGAUGAGGAAGAUGAUAUGGAUUCAUUUGGACAGUCUUUCGACAUCAAAUCAGAUAUUGGGUUUGGAAUUCAUCGGCAGCGCUCGAACACGGCGCAGCACUUAGAGAGAAUGAAUCAGGAGAGGAAAAGGGCUGCAGGAAUAAAGCACAUUAAGUGGGAAUCAAACCCAAAUGUGUUAUCAAGUGAAGAGAGAGCAGCCCUUUUUGAAAGAAAGGAUUUUCGAAGGAGGAAUACCAUUCCUAGUGGCAAAAUCCAGUCUCUGUUAGCUGAUCAAUUGGAGAAGUAUCCCAAUCUGCCACCAAAUCCUUUCCAAGACUAUGCCAAAUAUGAUGGAACAGCUCAGGUUGGGAUGUCCAAAAGAUCGUAUGGUAUCUUUUUAACUAUGUUACCAGAAGAGCAAAGGAAUUAUCCAAUGCAUGUUGUUGUACUGGCAAAUGCAAAAGUGCAAGACCUUAUUGGGCUGAUAUGCUGGAAAGUGACACAAGAAUAUGGCGUGAACAAGCUGAAGGACAAUGUUGCUUACUAUGGCCUUUAUAUUGCUGAAGAUGAUGGAGAAGUUGAUUGGUACUUCCCUUGUAUUGAUCCACGAGAGACUGUUGGAAAGUUUACAUUUGCAUACUUGGCCCUUGUUGAACUCAAAGAAGCAGUGAAGCAAGUAGACAACUCCAAAGAUGAGAGGUAUUCUACUGAAAUUUCAGGAACCACAGAGAGUGGGACAAGGCCUAAAGUAUUGUCACAAGAUGCUGAAGAUUGUCAGAGAAUGAGAAACCACAUGACAGCUAUGGAAGCACCAUUGUAUCAAUCAUAUCGUUUGUACAUCAUCAACAAACUGACAAAAACAGAAAUUCUUCUAGGAAUAUCUGGAGAGAAAGUAGAGAUUGACCCAGUUGUACAGCAGAAAGUGGCAUCAAAAUUCUGGGGGCGACAGAAAGCUGUAAGCUAUGACAUGGACAAUGUAGCUGCUUGUGACCUCACAGACACAAAAUCCGGUGGCCGUGCAACAUUUCGUCUUGUAUAUCAUCAUGCACCAUCAGCUGAGCAAAAUCAGCCUGCAGCAGCCAGUUAUAAGCACCAUGAUUUUGAAGCUGAUCAUGCAACAGCUGAUGAAAUUGUGCAGAAAGUCAAUCAUAUUUUGGAAUUAAGAUCUAGUGUACGGAGAAAAGAAUACCUCACUUUGCGGGAAAGGAAGUCUCACAGGCGGAAGAGUUUCCAUCUUGGACCAAGAUGAUUACUAGAGUUAGUACUUAGGUAUUUUGGUUAUACAGAUAAGUUAUGUCUUCAGUCUUGUUUAGCUGUUAAUCAUUCCUAAGUACCCAUGGAACCAGACAGUUACUGUUAGGAUAAUCUGAUGAGUAUUAUGUUGUAAUGUUCCUUUGGAAGUUCUCUUCCUUUUAACAAGUAUAGUAUUUUCAUGAAUGUGCCUGUUGACUCAGUCAAGUACUAAAUACUACUGGUUCUGGACCACACAUUUUGUGCAUUGUGGACAUAAAUCUGCUAUAAAAUGUGUGAUGCGGUUUUUCAGCUUUUUCCAGUGUACUUCAUGUUGAAAUAGUUCAUGGGUGAACUAUUUUGAUAUUGAUAAGUAUUUGUAAAAUAUGUAAAGAGUGAAAUAUUGUUACCUGGAUAAAGGGACCUUGUGUGAUUAUUUUGAAACAUUUUGUUGUUGUUUUACUAUUUAAUGUGACACAGUACUUAAAUGCAUCAGUAUACCAUAGAUAAGAGUUUUGCUUUGUCUGAUUUGUUUUAGAAUUAGCAACUGUGUUUGCUGACAAUGCUUAAAUUAGAGAUUUUUCGAAAUACAGUACAGUUUUCUUUGAGUAGAGCUGCUGUUCGCUGGCUGAGUUUGCUAUCUAAUUUCAAUGUGUCCUUGAAGAACUUGAAUAUGUGAUGAUAUUUUUUUAAUAUUUGAACUUCAAGUUUUAAGUGGGAGGGGAAGCAGUAAAAUGUUUGUAUAUUUGCUAGGCAAAUAAUAUGUCUAUUUAUUGGUAAUUAUAUAUGUAACUGUUAACAUUGAAAGGAAUGUUUUAAAGGACAUUAUGAGCAUGAUGCAAAUUUUACUUGUGUAGUAUAAUGUACUAUUCAGUUUUAGGGCUUAAUACUCUAUGAUCACAAAAUUAUCUAGUAACAAAUACAUGUAAUUAUUUCAUCUUAGCUGCUUUGUGAGUCCUGUUGCAGGAACUUUUAAGAGUGUUGUGUUUAAAGGAACUAUGUGUGAAAUUUGGAAUACCCAUGACUUACAGAUAUUGCUAGUCCCUCCCAUUUUAUUAAGUUUGUAUUAUAUGAAAUAUUAUAAGUAUAAUUUUUUGCUACUGCUGUUAUAGUUGUUAAUACUGUGUGUUAAUGUUAAUGUUGUUGUGUUCAGAGAGUUGUGUAUACAAUUUUAACUGUUACUAAAGUCAUUAAUUUAUUUAUAUAUAUGUAUUUGUUUAUUGAAAAUGCAGAAAAUACAAAUUAUUAAUUAAUAUCUGUAACAGUGCCUAAACAAUCAGAAACUGUAAUGCACUGAGAAGAUUAAUGGUGUAAGGAAAGUACCAGUUGCAGGGGAAAGUUACUCUUUAGGUUGGCGAGACGUGGUAUGCCAGGCUAAUGGCAGACAAAUCAAUGAAAUCUGUUCUUGCAGUGUAAGUGUACUUCAUUUGUUUGUUUAUUUUACUCUAAAUUGUUUUACAUUUUUAAGAGAUGUGUUAAAUGAAAAGAGAUUUUAUAUUGUUUCACAAUGUACUUAUUGCAUAAACUAACAUCAGUUGAUUGCAAUUGUUCAGUGUGGUUGUCAUAAACUUAGUGCUUCUAUGCCAGCUUUACAUAAUAAUCUGCAGGAAAUAAAAUUUUCCAAUCCAGUAUACAUUUAUUUAGAAUAACUUCUUCAUCAUGUUUCUGCUUUUAAUUGUUUUGUUCGGUAACCCACAAGAUAUGAAAAUCUGAUUCUAAGAGAUCUGGUGAGUGUAUGAGCAGAGGGAACAUGAUAAACUGAAACAACUAAUGCCAGUUAACUCCGUUGUUAUAACACUACCAACAUCUUGUUUUGGAGAAACAUUUUACUGUCAUCAUACCGAAUAUUUCUUUAGAAGUACCAGGUUUUGUAAGUGAUGCUAAACACACUGCACCUUUUUCUCUCUCGCAUUCGGGAGGACGACAGUUCAAUCCUGUCUCUGGCCAUCCUGAUUUAGGUUUUCCGUGAUUUCCCUAAAUCAUUUCAGGCGAAUGCCGAGAUUGUUCCUUUGAAAGGGCACGGCCGAUUUCCGUCCCAAUCCUUCCCUAACCCGAGCUUGCGCUCUGUCUCUAAUGACCUCGUUGUCGAUGGGACGUUAAACUCUAACCACCACCACCACCACCACAACCACCACCUUUUUCUCUUAUAGCAUGACCUCGUGUGCAGCCAGAAAAAAGUUAAUAUGGUUUGGUCUACUGAUGAUACCAUCAUAUUAUCAUCACCAUCAUCAUAAUCAUCAUCUAGCUAUCUCUUAAUAUCAGAAACAGUCUAGUGUGAAAAUGUUUAAUCUUUCAUCUAAUACAAAGGGCAAGUAUGGAUAGGUUUUGAUUAAGUUAAGGAAAAUAUGGUUUAUGCAAUCUUUUUGAAACAAACUGAAUUGGAUGGUGUAAUGGCUGAGCUAACAUUGUUGUCAAAUAAUGAUCGAUCCUCCUUAACAGUGAGUUAAUUGUUUUCCUGUAUCAUUUUGUCAGAAGUUCUUUCCCAGAUUAUGACGUGGGAAGUUUUCAGUAUUAGGAUCAGCUUUCAAACUCGGUGCUUUCUUUUUCAUUUCUUUACCUGUUGUCACACAGUUCCUCAUCUGCAACUCAGUCAUUUUUCAUUAUUUCACAUUUACAUUUAUUAAUUUGCAGCAAUUACAAUCCUUCAUGUGUCCAAAGUUGUUUCUUCUCCAAUAUGAGUCUGGCAAUUGUUGCAAAUGACCUGAAAACUGGAAAUAAAGAAAAGAAUCACUGUGGAAGUAUACAUGAAUGCUUUAGGCGAUUCUGUUUCCAUGAAAAAAAAAAAGUUUAUUUUCAUAGUGAAUCAAAUUUAUUUCUGAACACAAAUAGAGAUAGCAAAAUACUUGCAUAGAGAAAAGGUAAAAUCUGUGGCACAAGCAUGCGACCUGGCUAUUGGUCUAACUGCAGGGAGAGUUCAGUCUUUCUUUGCCAUAGCACUAGGAGGGGGAGGGUGGCAGGCCCAUUGCACCAGCCACCUUUUAACCCUCAAACUGAUCCCCCAGUACUCAUUUGAUAGCAGGCUGAGUGGAGCUGGGGUCAUCGUGGAGAAAGUGGAACGAGGAAAAAUCCCCACCUCUAUCUGGGAUUGAACUCUGGACCCCCAGAGCCACUAGACAAUCACAGCAUCAAGUACUUGCGUACUGUCUGUUCAAUAUUAAUUGAGCAGUGGUGGUGGUCUUUUAUAUUCUGGGAUAGCAAAUUUUAUGUUGUUUAAUCCAGAAUGCAUAUAUGUUACCACAUCUUCAGUAUUGUUGAGCAGACUGUUGGUACAGUAUCCCACUGUGUCAGCAGAAUGUAUUUUUGCCUCCUAAAUGUCAACCCACCUUCAUCCAUUUACCCAUGACAAUAAGAAUCUGUAAUACACAUUAGCUAAUUUUUGUGUGAGGUAAAACAGUAUUGUAAAAUAGUCAUUUCAAGCAUUUCUAACAAUAAAAUGAAAUUCCACAUAAUUAUUGUGGAAUAAGGAUUGGUAAAAUUUAAAUAAUUUAGGAGUAAAGGAGACCACAUAUCGAAUAGCAGAAGCAUUGGGUCAUCGACAGACACACAUAAAAUGAGUGAAAACUUUGCUAGCAUUUGGGAUAAAGUGUUUGAUGAGUGAGAGUGCUCGCACGCGCACCCCCCCCCCCCCCCCCCCCCCACACACACACACACACCUGUGCACCUACAGUGUGCGGCCUGGAUAGACAGUUCAGCAGAUGGACUGGAUUUGGGAUUGUGUUGGGACCUGUGCACCUACAGUGUGCUGCCUGGAUAGACGGUUCAGCAGAUGGACUGGAUUUGGGAUUGUGUUGGGUUGAAUGGGUAGAGGGAGAAAGAAGCUGGAAGGGAGUUAGGGAUGGGUAACUGGCAGCUCAGAGGGAGGUAACAGAUGUGCAGGCUAGGAAUGUGAGAGGAAGGGGUGGCAGUUGUGUGGGCUAGGCAUGCGGCGCAAGAGUACUGCCAUAGACACUAUCCCCCAAACCUAGUCCACAAACAGAUUUCCCGUGUCAUAUCCUCACACCCCUAAUCCUCCCACCACCCCCAAGAAUCGGCUGCAAAUGAGCUUCCCCCUCACCAGCCAGUAUCACCCUAGACUGGAGCUAUUGAACCAUGUCUUUCACCAGGGCUUUGAUUAUUUAUUAUCAUGCCUGGAAAUGAUGAACGUCCUACCAAAGAUCCUCCUCACACCUAAUGUGAUAUUGUGUCAUCCACCCAAUCUACACAACAUCCUUGCCCAUUCUUAUGCCACUCCCACUACCAACCCCUUGUUCACAUGGGCCAUAUCCUUGUGGAAUUCCCACAUACAACAGCUGUCUGAUGCGUGCAUGCAGCGCAUCCUACUUUACUCUACUCUAGUCUGCUGCUCACAGGCUUGUCCUACCCCAUCAGAGACAGGGCUACCUGCGAAAGCAGUUGUAUGAUAUACUAGCUCUGCUGCAAUAAUUGCAAAGCAUUUUAUAUUGGCAUGACCACCAACAGCUUUCCACCAGAAUGAAUGGCUACUGACAAACAAUGGCCGAGAACAAAGUUGACCACUUUGUGGCAUAGCACAUUGCUGAGCACAACAUGUUUGAGGUCAAUAUCUGCUUCACAACCCAUAUCAGCUGACUCCUUUUCUGUAGUACCGGCUUUUCUGAUUUACAUAGAUGAGAGUUAGCCUUGUAACACGUCUUUCAAUACUAUAAUCUUCCUGGCCUCAAUCUCUGCCAAUCCAUUCUCCACACACCCUCCAUCUAACACUUUACCCUUUGUCUGUCCUAUCACUUCCUCCCAAUCCAGACCUUCACACCAUCUUCUUCGUGCACUGCACCUCAUCAUCUCUGGUCCCCAUGUGCCACAUGCUUAGCUUGGGCACCUGGCACCCUUCAUUCCCACAUUAGUAGUGUGCACACUUGCUGCCUUCCUCUGAGUCACUAGCUAUCUGUCCCCAAUCCCUCCUCCAGCUUUCUGCCUCUUUCUUCCUCUACCCACCCAACUCGACACAACCCUCGACCCAGGCCACCCACUGAAUUGACUGUCUAGCUGGCACAAUGUAGGUGGUGCACUGGUGUGUGUGUGUGUGUGUGUGUGUGUGUGUGUGUGUGUGUGUGUCACUCUCU